UAAAGAGUAGUAAACAUUCAUUUAUUCGAGUGCCAUCUAUCAUGAUAAGAAAUGUAUCAAAAUUUAUAUAUGGCGGGUGCGCCAUGUCAUCUCUGUUUACAAAUUUACUGAUAUAUUUCCUAAAUAUAUAUCAUUUCGACCUAAUUUUAUGUAUUGAAAAAGUGCUAUUUAGUGACCAGGGUGAUUGAAACCGUCCUAUUGUUUUAUCCCCUGGCUACUGGAAAUGCCACCGCUAUCCGGAGGUUUCGGUGAACAGAUAGAGGAUUACGAGGUAUUAAAUUUACUUGGAAAGGGUGGCUUUGCUAGUGUAUAUCGAGCAAAAUGUCUUCGCAGCGGCAUGGAAGUUGCGAUAAAAAUGAUCGACAAAAAGUUGAUGCAGGCUGCUGGGAUGGUGGGUAGAGUGCGUCAAGAAGUAGCAAUACAUUCUAGAUUGAAACAUCCAGCAGUACUUGAAUUAUAUACAUUUUUUGAAGAUGCCAAUUAUGUUUAUUUGGUAUUAGAAUUGUGUCAUAAUGGAGAGCUUCAACGUUUUCUUAAAUUGCAAGGCUCUAAUGCAUUACCUGAAGAGCAAGCUGGUCGUAUAAUUAGACAAGUAGUACAGGGUUUAUUAUAUUUACAUUCACACCAAAUACUUCAUAGAGAUAUGUCCUUGUCUAAUUUACUUCUAACCAGAGAUAUGCAAGUGAAAAUAGCAGAUUUUGGGUUGGCUACUCAAUUGACAAGGCCUGAUGAGAAACACUUAACAAUGUGUGGUACUCCUAAUUAUAUAUCACCUGAGAUAGCAACAAGAUCAUCACAUGGUUUGGAAGCAGAUGUAUGGAGUUUAGGAUGUAUGUUAUAUACCUUACUGGUUGGCAAACCACCAUUUGAUACUGAUGCUGUUAAGAGUACUUUAACGCGCGUUGUGAUGGCUGAUUAUGUAAUGCCGGCUCAUUUAUCAGACAAUGCUAAAGAUCUCAUUGAUAAGUUAUUAAAAAAAAAUCCGAAAGAUAGAAUUCGUUUGCGCGACAUUCCGAAACAUCCAUUUAUAAUUAAUUUAGAAAGGAACAAAUUGAUGAAUGAGAAAAAUGGUAUGGGUAAAGGAUUAUUGGUGGAUGGUAUGCUCGAUUCAGGAGUCGGAAGAACGUUGUCUUCCUACGGGAGACCGAGAAUGCGUUCCAAGUCCGAAGAACGAAUGUCAACGGCGCCUAUGAUGUCCAAUGGACUUGGGCCAAUGUUCAGUACAAGGAGCGAAGCUUUAUCCGAACCCAUUACAAAGACAAAUUUAUAUAAGGCAAAUUGUGUUGAUUAUCGUGCAAAAGAGAAUUCUGUAUUGACAGGAAUUCCACCACCGCCCCAAAGUAGGGUGUUUUCACAGAAUGAAUAUAGUAAUUGCGACGCGUAUGAAGACAGCGAGAAACAGAAGAAGGAGAAAUAUAGAAAAAAGGAAAAGACUGAGCAUUGUUUUGAGAAUACUGAAGACGGCGGAAAAUUACAAGUCUCGCCUUUAUGUUCAGAGAGACUUCAACCUACUAGACAUAGAACGAAAAAUGCGAUCCUUACUAUUCUAGACAACGGAGAAGUGUGCAUUGAAUUUAUUAAACGUCGGAAUGGUGUGGAAAAAAUAAGCGAAGUGUGUCGUAUAUCGGGUGAUGGCUUAAGAGUUAUUCUGUAUAAACCAGUUGCUUCAACGGAAGUGGGUAAUCAACCACCCCCAUUACCAGCUCGUGGUGCAGAUAGCAUUUACUCCUAUGAAAAUUUACCCUUACGUCAUCAUAGGAAAUACGUGUAUGCCUCACGUUUUAUAAAACUUGUAAGAGCUAAAACGCCAAAACUAACGCUAUAUACGCAACGAUCAAAGUGCCUUUUUAUGGAAAAUGGACCACAUCCGGAUUGUGAAGUCCACUUCUAUAAUGGAGUAAAGGUUGUGCGCGUUGACGGUAACGUAAAAAUAUCUGAACGAAGUGACGGUCCUACUUAUAUAGAAGGUGAAUUUCCGCCUCAUUUUGAUGAAUAUUAUGAACAUUAUUCGGAGUGCUAUCAGCGGUGCUUAUUGCUCGAAUCUACGUUAACGUCUCUAGAAGCUGCUACUGGACAUUCUUGUUUUCCUGUUAUAAUUGGACGUAGGCCUAGUACGGCCUUAAAUGAUUCGCCUUGCAUGCAAGGAAAAGAAAAUGUUUCGCAGACUACGAACAGUACACCUGUGAUGCCAUCUUUUGAUGCUAGUUCUGUCAUUUCAACGGUAGCAUCGCGGUCGCGAAAAAUGAAUUCUAUAAGUAAUUUAAACACUAAUACUUAUAAGAUAAUGAUCCCGGGUAUAGGUACUGCGACGCAGUUAUCUUCUGGAGAUAUUCGCGUUGAUUAUAAGGAUGGUUCUGCUUUGACUGUAAGUCCUCAAACCUAUGGUGGUGGCAUAGUUUACGAGAGUAACAAUGGUAUGGUUACAAAAUAUAAUCAAAAUUACCAACAAAACUCGGAAGUGCCACAUAUUGUUAGGGAAAAAUUACGUCAUCUGCCGGUAGUUAUUAAAUAUCUUGUUCAACCGAAGCACAAGAAUAUCCGGUAGUUGUUACUAUAUUAUAUAUUUAGGGAAUUGAAUAUUUUGUAUAGAAUAUAGAUUUAGAGUAGUAUAAUUAUAAUAGAAAUAAUUAUUUUUAUAGAUUUAUAAAGUAUAUUAUAUUACCUACUUACAACAUGAUGGACUUUUUAAGUAUAAUAAAAAAUAUAUAUUUUAAUAUUUUUA